AUGCGGUCAUCCGGGAUGGUCAGUUCUACUAUUUUACUGUUUCUAAUUGCUGGAAGUGUCAUUUUGUCUAGUGCUAGAACUGUUUCUGGCAGAGGAUGCACUCAUUCAAUGCAGUGUGGAAGAGGUUACUUUUGUCAGGAAGGCGCCUGCAGAAAGGAUUCAUGUUCCAAUGAUUUACAAUGUGAAAAGGGUGAAGAAUGCCGUCCUGGAAAUGUGAACGGGCGUCAGAAGUCGGGAUGUUUCUUAUCAUUGGUCCCUAAAUCUGCUCUCGGUGGAACUUCUGAAGACUUCUGUCCAGGGGGCGGAGCUCUAGUCUUGUCUCCAACUGGUACAUUAACAAUCUGUGAUUUGACAGAAGAUUGUCCAUCAACUCAUGUCUGUAAUCCAGUUCAUGGUGUUUGUUGCACUAAACUCCCAACCUGCCCGAAAACUAAGAAAACAAUGGUUAAUUUCAUAACCGGUAAACCCAUCAUGUGUCAAUUCAAACAAGGACGUGUGAUGCCUUGUCCAGAGAAUGGUUUCUGUGAGACCACAACUGGUUUCUGUUGUGUUCCUGGAGCCGUUGAGGAGAUUGCCACUCCUCCUCCAAGACCAAUUGAAAACGAAAGACCAUGGAGAGGACAACAAUGUUCUCCCUCGACUGGAUGUUCUGGUGGAGCUGCUUGCAUCUGUGGAGCCCGUGGAAACUGUAUGUGCGAGUGUGCUACAGACUUCGGGUAUACGUUGGCAUCUGAUGGAAAGACAUGCCAAAGAGUGAGACGUCGUUUGAAGGAGAAGUGUAAGACUGAUAUGGAGUGCUCUGCUGCGUUCUCUGAAUGUUCAUCUGGUGGAUGCAGAUGCAAGAGAGGAUUCAAGAGAAAUGGUGAUGGAGGAUGUGAACCCCUUGAAUACCGUUGUGUCAACAAAGCUGCUCCAUUGAAACGUGAUGAGAAAUUGGUCACAUGUUCUCUUAAAAAUUCGUUGCUAUCAAGUGUUGCCUCGAGUUUCAGAAGUCUCAAAAAAUCAAGUGGAAACUCGACAGAUAUCAAUGACGAAGAAUUCGAACGACUCAUGAAAGGAAUCGAGAACGGAACUCUUUCUGAUUUUGGAAAUGGGCGGGACGAUUGUCCAGACGAACAUUAUUGUGUUCCUGUUUUUGAUGACGCAAGUAAACCGGGAUAUUACAAAGGUUUCUGUUGUCCAUCUCCAUCUGAAAUUCGUCCAACAUGUCCAGUUGGUGAGCCACAUGAGUCCUCAAAUCCACCGGAUUAUGGGUGCAGCAGGUGUCCUGUCGAUUAUUAUUGUCAUCGAGAUGCAGUUGCAACCGAGAAAACAAUUUGUUGCCCAAAGCCUUGUGUGUCUCUCGAAGACAUUUACCACGAAGGCCAGUGUUUUUCGAUGGCGUACUACGGUGACAGCUGUCACAUUUCGUCACAGUGCGUCUACUCAAAGAGUCCAGACACUGCUGAGGAAUAUGCUGAAGUUGCAAAAAUGGAAUGCGUUAGAAGUAUUUGUUCGUGUCCUGCCGGAUUCAGUUUUGCUGAUGGGCAAUGUAAAAGAAUCAUGUGUUCGAUUGGGUUGAGAGGAGAACCAUCUAUUGACAAGUCAGGGCAACUGAUCAGAUGUGAAAGAUCAUCUGAUUGUAGUAUGGGGCAUAUGUGUGAUCCGAAUACUCAUGUCUGUUGCAAAGGAACUAACAGAUGUCCAAAGGACUAUGUCGAAACGGGUGAGCAAUGCACUGACGAUAAUUGUCGUGGAAUCAAUGAAAUCUGUCAUCGUACCAAAAAUGGAAAAGCGAAGAUCUGUUGUACUUAUGAUGAUGUGUCAAUGAUGGCAAUGAGAGAUUCAAUGAACACGACGUCUUCUGUGUAA